AUGUCCUUCAGCCAGCGUCCGCCAGCUGGAGAUCUGGCCCUCGACAUACCGCCGACGGCCCGUCAUCCCUCGACUCUCCCUAACCCUCACCAACCCACGCAAAAUGGGGCACGUGGGGGAGCCACAUCCGAUCAUCGACAGUGGAGCACAGAAGCGUUGCCCUGCAAAGAUUAUCGACGAAAGAACAACCUCAACAACUCGCCAGCAACGCAAAGAAGGCUUAACAAACUGAGAACACUCCCUCUGUCCUUGGACCAUCGCGGCGACCACGGUCAUCUUUUAUCUGCUCUAAACAAGCACAACAAACAUACGAACAAGGGUUUCGGGCUUCAAGACCGUUCCGGCACGACGUCAGCCUACGACGAUCUCUACAACAUAAACAAUCAUGACCGAGGCGCUUUGGGGAGCGGUUCUUUUGCGUCGUAUGGGAGACCGCUCAGGGACCUCUCCGCUAGUCUAGAACUCGCCUUUUCUCAGGGAAAGAAGCUUUCCCGGACGCCUGCUCACGAUCAGCUGCUAUCACCCGAAGCAAGACCUUGUAGUUUAGAACCGGUGCAUCCCAGGAUUAAAGGUCAAGAUUUGACAGGUGCUCGUGCUAACGGCUAUCCUCAGCGCUGA